UGAACAGUUGCAAUAGUGGUCGUUUUCAUUCGUUUUGUCUCUUUGUUUCGUGUGAACUGAAAAUUAAUUGGUAGUGCUGGCAAAAGUGCUAUUAUGCAGUGGAAAAAUGAAAAAUUGAUAUUUAGCAAAAAAAAACAAUAAUUGAUUGAAAAAGAAUUUUAAUAAAAAUCCAUCAAAUAAAACUAAAGUUUUUUUUCAAAUAGAUUUAUUAUAAAUCAAUUUAAUAUCCUUUACCCUUCUCCCCACACCUAAAUAGUGUUGUCAGUGUGAAAAACAAGUAAAUAAAAAAAAAAAAAAAUCAGCAAACCCAAAAAGAAAUUUUUUUUUUUUGAUAUUCCUCCAUCUGGAAAGGUCGGAAGCUCAGUCAGAAAAAAAAGCUAAAAAAGUAUAAAAAAAAGGAGUACUUUUGAGUACACAAAGCAGCAGCAGUUUUUUUUUUGUUAGAAACUGUGUUGGAAUAUGGCGUGUUUGAAUACUUUAAAAUUAGAAAUAAAAACUCUUGAAAAAAUCUUCAACAGAAAUCAUGAACGUUUUCAGAUUCUCAACUCGAGUGUGGAUGAGUUGACUUGCCGUUUUAUCGGUAAAAAUGGAAAGCGUUAUGAUAUUCAUGCAAACAUAACGGAAACAUACCCAUCAUCCCCUCCAGUUUGGUUUGCCGAAAGCGAAGAGACCAGUGUCACAAAUGCUGUUCAAAUUCUCAGCAACACAAAUGGUCGUGAUAACCACGUUAUAAAUCAGGUUGGAAUCCUACUAAGAGAAUUAUGCCGCCUACACAAUGUCCCCCUACCACCAGAUUUAGAUAAUCUAACAAUACCAUUUCAAUUGCCACCGCCCAGUGUAUCACCCUUACAUCAAAUGCAACAGCAUCAAAUCGAUGACAUUGAUUCUGAUCCAGACGAAAUCGAAGACCCCGUAGGUGACAGCGAACAAGAAAGCGAAGGCGACGAAGAUCUUCCACUUGAAAUGGACGAUGGCCGAAAUAUAAAUAAGAAGGAUGAAAUGGAAGUAGAACACUUAGCCACACUAGAAAGACUGCGACAAAGUCAAAGACAAGACUACUUAAAGGGAUCAGUUUCUGGUUCUGUGCAAGCAACCGAUCGUCUCAUGAAAGAACUACGUGAUAUCUACCGUUCGGAUUCCUUCAAGAGUAACAUGUACUCAAUAGAGUUAGUUAACGACUCAAUAUACGAAUGGAAUAUCCGUUUGAAAUCUGUUGAUCCGGAUAGUCCGUUACACAACGAUUUAGUUAUGCUUAAAGAAAAGGAGGGCAAAGACAGCAUUCUGCUGAAUAUAAUAUUCAAAGAGACAUACCCAUUUGAGCCACCCUUUGUUCGUGUUGUGCAUCCAAUUAUCUCAGGCGGUUAUGUUCUGGUGGGUGGAGCAAUUUGCAUGGAGUUGCUUACAAAACAAGGCUGGAGCUCGGCGUACACGGUAGAGGCCGUCAUAAUGCAAAUAUCAGCGACUCUAGUCAAGGGAAAAGCCCGCAUUCAAUUUGGAGCGACAAAGGCUUUGUCACAGGGACAAUACAGUCUAGCCCGUGCGCAGCAAAGUUUUAAGUCAUUGGUACAAAUACAUGAGAAGAAUGGAUGGUUUACUCCCCCUAAAGAAGAUGGUUAAAACAUGUUGCCAGCAUAAUAAUAUAUAUACAAUAUAAAUUACUUUUAUUUUCAUAUCCAUUUCCGUUGCGCUUUUCGUUUGCCGUUAAUUUUUAUCUCGAAAACAAAUGUAUAUCUUAUCUCGUUUUUCUGUUAAAAUAUGUCUACUCAAGAGAAAAAAAAAAACAUUCAACGACGCAUCUAUUGAAGUAAAAAAAAAAAAAAUUAGAAAAAAACAACUUUAAAAAUAUGAAUAUUACCUAUAAAAAAUAUAUUAUAAACAAUAAAACUAAACAUUUAGGUUUAUUAUUCAAUUAAAAUUAAAAAAAAAAAAAAAAAAACAUAAA